GUUCACAAAAAUGUUUGUAUUUAAACUCUUCUGGGUUGAGAGCGCUGAAACUCCCCUGUUCGGUGCCGAUAUGCUCUCAUUCAAUGAAUAAAAUCGAAUCAAUCGAAUUUAAACAUGGCGGCGUUACCACCGGGCGAUCCCCAGCUAGUGUCAAUGAUCGUCAAUCACUUAAAAACACAAGGACUCUUCGACCAGUUCAGGAGAGACUGCCUAGCAGACGUCGACACUAAGCCAGCUUACCUGAACCUGAAACAACGAGUGGACAACUUUGUCUCCAAUCACCUCUCCAACCACACAUGGAGCCCCCAGUUGAACAAAAACCAGUUGCGAAACAACAUCAGACAGCUUGUGUUGCAAUCCGGCAUGCUGGAGCAGGGAGUGGACAGAAUCGUAGCCCAGGUGGUGGAUCCCAAAGUCAACCACAUCUUCAGGCCGCAGGUGGAGAAAGUGGUCCACCAGUUUCUGUCGCCCGGCACCACCAGUGUGGAGCCGCCAGAGGCGGUGCCCUCGACGGAGACCAAAGCGGAUGCCGUCGUUCCUCAGCAGGCCUCAUCGUCUGCGCCGACGUCCACUGCUGCCACAGACGCCAUGUCCAUCCUGGACGCCAUCACCUCUCUCAACCAGGAGGCCAACAGCAGGGCCCCCGAGAGGGGCCUCCAAGCCCUCGACGAUCUCGUUGAAGACGGCGAGCAGGACAUGAGUCUGGAUGAGGAGGAAGACAAGAAGACCGAACAGCAAGAGGCAGACGAUGCAAAGCCGGCGGCGGAGGGCCAAGAAUCAGAGGUAAAGACUGAUGACCCUCUGGCCCAGAUGGAUGUUGGGAAGGAAAUCUCCACGGAGGAGAACAGAAUGGAGGAGGAAGAGCCACGAGCUGAAGACCAGGCUGAGGAGAAACCCAAAGUGGGCAGUAAAACAAGUGGGAAACCUUCAGAAGAAAAGCAGGAGGAAGAUAGCUGUCAGGCCAAGCAGAAAGCCAAAGAGAGGAUAAAGGAAGAGUAUUCUUUGGAGGACUCUGAUUUAGAUGGCCUGAGUGACAUCACAGUGAGUUCCGUGCACACCAGUGACCUGUCAUCAUUUGAAGGGGAGAGCGAAGACGAGGAGCCGUUGUCCGAUUCCUCUGAGGAGGGCGAGCGCACACUCGACGGUGUGAACUCAGACAAGAGAGAAGCAAGCGAGGAGACAGGAGAAGAAGGCAAAGAGAGCAAACCUCGCCGCAAGGCCUACGUCCACAAGCCCUUCCUGUACUCCCGUUACUAUAGCGACUCCGACGAUGAGGUCACGGUGGAGGAACGACGGAGAUCUGCAGCCAAGGACAAAGAGGAACGUCUGCUCAAAAGGCAGCAAAAUCGAGAGCGAAUGGAAGAGAAGCGGAAGCAGAAAGCAGCACAGUUUGAAGAGCAAGAUCAGAAAAAGCAGAAGAGCGACCCCUCUGCUGGGUUCGAGACACCCCGAGCCAAAGAAGCCCGGAAAGAGCGGAAAGUUCUGGAGAAAAAAAUGGCUCUCAGCAGAAAGAGGAAGCUCGACUCACGGAACGAGGGAGAUGUGACCAAUAAGAAAAAAGGAGAAGCAGGAGAAACAUCAAAGAAGCCAGAAGUAAAAUCAACACAAUUGCGCAACCUACAACAGAAGGUGGUGAAGAAUCUAUCCGAGUCCUCAGUGCCUGAUGAGAGGCCCUCAAGGACAAGCGGUAGUGGCGACGUCUCGGAAGAUCCCGGCGACGCCAAGAAGCUCCCUGACAAAAGCCGCACGCACUCCUUUAUCUUAGACUUGGAGCUGGGCUCACAGGAGGCUCUCAGGCAGCGCUCCGUUGGGAAGUUUGACCGCCCCUCCCGCAAGGAGCGCAAAGAGAAGGAGCGCGGCGUGUCGGAGGAGCUCUCCAAGCUCAAACAGAAGCAGGAGAAGAAAUCCGAACCCCAGGCAAACGAAUCCCAGCAGAAGGAUGGCGUUCCUGCGAAGGCGUCCUCCGAUGAGAAGAAGCCUAAAGUGAAAAAUGAGAAGAAAAUGACCAGUACAAAAGAACAGAAGGUGUCUGAGGCUGACGACGCUUCGGCCAAGAGGAUGCGGACCCAGUCCGUUGAAAAGGACAAGAUCAAAGAGAAGGACAAGAUCAAAGAGAAGGACAGGAUCAAAGGAGAGAAAACAGCAGCAAAAAGUGAAUCAAAGCAACUGCUCCGGCUAGAUUCUUCUGGCUCUUUGGAGGACCGGCCUGAGGUGGGAGUAGCGGGAGCAGACAGCGGUAAGAAGAAGGAGAAACACUCCAAAGAUGUCCUGAAAAGGUCCAAGAGCCACAGUGAAGACCGGCAAGGGGACAAGGUCAAACUGAAAAUGGAAAACAAAGAGAAGACGAAAGCUGAGCAACCGAACAAGACUCUCGCUGACGGCGACAAAAGAGUCAACUCGGCAGAGAGAGGAAAAACCACGGAAAAAUUCAAAUCCAGAGAAGAACCAAAGUCUCACACGCAAUCAAAGACAGACAAGAAAACUCAUGCUUUGGACAUCCGUGGCGCCUCGGGUGCUGGCAAACCUGAAAAGGAGAAGAAGAAGGAGCAGAGGAGGGCCUCUGAGGAGCCUGACGUCAAAGGCACGAAGAAAAAAGAGGACAAGAAGGAGAAAGCGAAGAAAGAGGAGAGCCGCGAGGAGAAGGAAGCACCCAGAGAAGACAAAGUUGAGAAUUCUGACUUGUCUCUUGCCAUUGAUGCGGAGGAGGCCCAGAUGAAAGCGACACUCUCGGAACCGGUUGCCGCCGCCGCCUCCUCUGACGACUCCCGCGAACCUUUAAUCGACAUCGCCUCCGAAGGCGAGACGCAAGUGCGGGAAAUGCCCGUCGUGCCCCCGGAGGCCGACGCUCUGCUGACGCUAAUGGACGUCUGCACCUCGGCCAUGGAUGACAGGCUGCACUCGGCGGGCAGCAGAGAGCACACCCCGCUGCAGGUGACCCUUCAGGACGCCGACAUGAAGAUGAAAGAGGCGGCCCUCACGCUGCUCUCCAUGGACCCCGACAGCGCUUUGUCCCCCAGGUUCAUGAAUCAUGGAUUAAAGGAGGAGUCGGAGGAGGUGGUGCCUGAGGAGAACAAGCCGAAACCACAAGAUCCACAAAGUGCUGGUGAUGUGCCUGUUAAGACUUCUGAACUGUCACCCUUUGCGUCCCAGACUGUGAAGAGUGAUGUUGACGAAUUGAACAGUGAAGAGAAGUCUGAAAUGGAUGCAACAAGUGGUGAUAUACCUGUGUUGCCUGCUCGUCAGGAGGAUGACACUCAGCCACAUGGCCUUCCUUCUGAACAGGAUGAGGCCAAACAUGGAGAGAGAGCUGCUGACUCAAAACCAGCUGACAAAGAGGCCACACCUGCUGAUGAAAAUGCUGAUGAUGCCGGCACAGGAAACCCACAGGAAAACGCAGCUGUACCUCUGUGGGAGGCGCCGACUCUAGAGCAUGUUUCCAGUCCGCAAGACCAAAGCGAUUCUGGUGUUGUAGCAAAGACGGGCACUAAAGUAGAAGAGAUAUUAGACGAGGAGCAGGUGGAUGUCAGUUACGGCACACUAGAUCUAAAAAAACAGGAGGAGGAGUGUGGCACACAACCUGCGCAACUCUGCCGUCCAUCCGGACCGGUCACAGAACACGCAAGUGGAACAGAAGUGGCCAAACAAGAAAGUGAGAGUGUAGACAUUCAUGAGCCAGAGAAGGAGUCUGAGGUGUCAGAGAAGAAGGAAAGAGUACGAGUUGGGCGGAAGCGAAAGCUGUCCGGUCAGAAUGUUGCAGCAGUGAAUGAAUACGCUGAGGACCAGGAUACAAAGGAACCAUCAUCUGAGGAAACUGAGCAGCCGAAGGUCGUGAAGGGGAAAACGCCACGCAGGGGACGAUCGUCCAGAACUGUAGAAGAGGUGGAGGAGGAGCCGCCGAAACAAUUGGAGAAGAGGGAACAGACGCCGAGUCGCAGAAGGAGACGUUCAGCAGCCAAAGGAAACUCUGCUGAUGAACCAGCAGUGAAGCAGAGGAGGAGAAUUGUGACGACCGGAGAACCUCAAGAGGGAGACGAGUUGAUCAAGAACACCAGCAAGGAGGCCAUGAUGGACACAUGUGAGGAAACACAGAAGGACACAAGUAAGGAUUCAACUGUGGAAACAAGUGAGGAGGCCACCAAGGACACAAGUGUUGAGACUGUCGAGAGCACGAAUGAGGAGACCAUAAAGGACACAAGUGACGAAGCCGUACUCGUAACAAAUGAGGAGGCUACAAAGGAUAACAGUGAGGCGGUGAAUAAGAACACAAGUGAGGAAACCAUCAAGGACCCAAGUGAGGAGGCAACGACACAAACAAAGGAGGAGGUGACCAAGGACACAAAUGAGGAGGUCACAAAGGACAUUGACGCAGAGAGCACAAAGGACACAAGUGAGGAGGUGACUACAGAUAAAAAUGAGGAGGCCUUCAAGGAUUUAAAUAAGGAGGACAUAAUGGGCCCUAGUGAUGAGUACACAAGUGAAGAGGCCAUCGAGGACAUCAAUGAGUAUGCAUCCAAGGACACGUACGAGGAGGCAGUGAAGAUGCAAGGGGAGGACCAGCAGAUACAGCAAAACAUUGCUUUUCCAUCAGUCAGCCCGUCCGAAGGCAACGAGGAGGCAAAAGAGGAGAGCGGCAGUGAGAAGAAACCCGAUGAUGUUGACGGGCAGCAAGGUUCCACUCCCAAGAAGAACGCUCGGAGGGGAAGACCCCCCAAGGCUGCAACGUCAUCGGACGACUCAGAGAAGAAAGAGAAAACGGCAGGAGAAAAGGAGACGGAGGAUGAUGAGGAUGAGGACGGCGGCGAGAAAGAGGAUGAUGGGAAAGAAACGAAGGGCAGAGCUACAACGCGCUUGGCGUCUCGCCUGGAAGCUGAAAGAAAUAAGCCGAGCAAACCGUCCACGCGAGCCAGUCGGCAAAGCGGCAAAGACGAGACUGCAGUUGGCGCACGUGGGACCAGAGGCCAGGCAACCGUCACCAAGGGAGUCCGCAAACUGGAGGCCAGUCCCCCCGCAGUGCGGACGCGAGGAGGACAGAAGUCAGAGGAGCCGCCGGCCAAGCGAGGAAAACGCUGACGGUCUCGCCAACAAUUGGACCAAAAGAGUUGUUUCGAAGGGACACAGUGUGUAAUAAUCACUUGUGGUUCUGAUCUCACUGCAUCAUUCCUUUUAAGUGGACUGAAUUCACAACUAGUGAAAUUAACUGACGCCACACGCAAGCUUGAGAAUUUUUCAGCAUUUUUAUAGUCAAAUAUUUAUUCUGUAAAUGACAAAAUGUGUUUUAGUCUUUUACU